AUGACAGGAUCCACUGGGCAUCACGGAACCAAGGAUGAUGCAGUGUUCAUGGACUGUGUUGUGCGGGACCCCAGCAGGAUCAAGAGGCAGAGCACCGCGUGUCCCCUGCCUGUGCCAAGGAUUGCUAUUCCCCAGGUGUUCGUGCUGUGCCACGGCCUCCUACAGCUCUGCCAGCUCCUGUACAGCGCCUACUUCAAGAGCAGCCUCACCACCAUUGAGAAGCGCUUUGGGCUCUCCAGCUCCUCCUCAGGGCUCAUUUCCAGCUUGAACGAGAUCAGCAACGCCAUCCUCAUUAUCUUCGUCAGCUACUUUGGCAGCCGGGUGCACCGUCCACGACUGAUUGGCAUUGGGGGUCUCCUCCUAGCUUCGGGUGCCUUUGUCCUCACUCUCCCACACUUCCUCUCAGAGCCCUACCAGUACACCUUGACCAGCGUAGGGAACAGCAGCCACUUCCAGGCUGAGCUCUGUCAGAAGCACCAGCAGGACCUGCCCUCCAGCAAGUGCCACAGCACCACCCAGGACUCCCGGAAGGAGACCAGCAGCAUGUGGGGUCUCAUGGUGGUCGCCCAGCUGCUGGCAGGCAUCGGGACAGUGCCCAUUCAGCCAUUCGGGAUCUCCUACGUGGAUGAUUUCUCUGAACCCAACAACUCACCCCUGUACAUCUCCAUUUUAUUUGCCAUCUCUGUGUUUGGACCGGCUUUUGGGUACCUGCUGGGCUCCGUCAUGUUGCAGAUCUUCGUGGAUUAUGGCAGAGUGGACCCAGCUGCAGUUAACCUGAGUCCUGGAGACCCCCGGUGGAUCGGAGCCUGGUGGCUGGGGCUGCUCAUCUCCUCAGCCUCCUUGGUUCUCACCUCUUUCCCCUUUUUUUUCUUUCCUCAAACAAUGAUAAGGGAAGUGGAGAGGUCUCCCACCAUAGCGGACGAGACAAGGAAGAUGGACGAGAUCAAGCCAAGAAGCUCCCUGCUGGAUUUCAUUAAACGGUUUCCCCGCAUCUUCCUGAGGCUGCUGAUGAACCCGCUCUUCAUGCUGGUGGUCCUGGCCCAGUGCACCUUCUCCUCCGUCAUUGCUGGCCUCUCCACAUUCCUCAACAAGUUCCUGGAGAAGCAGUAUGGUGCCUCCGCGGCCUAUGCCAACUUCCUCAUCGGUGCUGUGAACCUCCCUGCCGCGGCCCUGGGGAUGCUGUUUGGAGGAAUCCUCAUGAAACGUUUCGUUUUCUCUCUGCAAACCAUUCCCCGCGUGGCUGCCACCAUCAUCACCAUCUCCAUGAUCCUCUGCGCCCCUCUCUUCUUCAUGGGAUGCUCCACCCCCACUAUAGCGGAGGUCUAUCCCCCCAGGACAUCAAGUCCUAUACAUCCGCAGCCUCCUGCCUGCCGCACGGGCUGCUCGUGCCCGGAUUCCAUCUUCCACCCGGUCUGCGGAGACAACGGAGUGGAGUACCUCUCCCCGUGCCACGCCGGCUGCACCGAGAUCAACAUCAGCUCAGUAGCCUCCAAGCAGCUGACCUAUUUGAACUGCAGCUGUGUGAAUGGGGCAUCCUCUUCAGCCAAGACGGGAUCGUGCCCCAUCCCCUGUGCCCACUUCCUGCUCCCAGCCAUCUUCCUCAUCUCCUUUGUGGCCCUCAUAGCCUGCAUCUCCCACAACCCACUCUACAUGAUGGUUCUCCGUGUAGUGAACCAGGAAGAAAAGUCAUUUGCCAUCGGGGUACAGUUCUUGCUGAUGCGCCUGCUGGCCUGGCUGCCAUCUCCAGCCCUCUACGGCCUCACCAUCGACUACUCCUGCAUCCGGUGGAACUCGCAGUGCUCAGGGAGGCGCGGGGCCUGUGCCUACUACAACAAUGAUGCUCUCCGAGACAGGUACCUGGGCCUGCAGGUGGGCUACAAGGCGCUGGGCGCGCUGCUGCUCGUGUUCAUCAGCUGGCGCGUGAAGAAGAACAAGGAAUACAAUGUGCAGGAGAAGGCCGCGGGCCUCAUCUGACCCUGGACGCCCCGCCCGGCCGCUGCCCUGCUCCAGAAAGUGGACCCUGCCUCCCCACACCUGCCUGUAUUCACUAAUGUUAACACAUCACUUCCUUUUUGUUUUUUAAAUAAGAGAGAAAAGCCCAGUCACCGUUGGCCUUCCCUGCCUCCUCCUCCCCCAGGAUUCCUCAGGUCCACUGCGCACCUGGGCUGGGCGGGCGCUGAGCUGGAGGGCCAGGUCUUCUCUGGAGCCUCAGGAGGCACCCCCGUGUGCCCAGGCUCUCCUCAGUGCUGGAUGACCUCCGAACCACCCCCGGCCCCUCGCCAGCCUUGGGAGGUGGGGGUUGGUUUCCAAAGCAAAGAGAGAAAAGGCAUAUCUUCCCAGAGGGAAAAGGGAGAGGGCUGGGUUAUGACUGGUAGCCAGAGCCAGGCUAGAGGAGAGGGAGCCUGGCCGAACCCGCUUUGAGUCUCCGUUCAGCGUCAGCACAGAACCCAGGAGGGACUGGCCACCUUCCUCUCAGAUCUUUGCAUCCUGCUCUUAAAGGCCGUUUUGGAAGCUGCCAUGUUGGGAAGUAUGGCCAGUUGGUCCCCUCUCAGUUGCUGCAUCCUCAGGCACCAGAGCAGGGACCAAGACACCCCAAGGGUGGGUCAUCUAGAUGCUAUUCACGUUAACUCUAGACCCUUCUGUGCUAAGAAAGCCACACCAUGGUGAAAACCCAAGGAGGGCUGUGAAGUGGUCAGUAGCCCAGCCGCCCACGCCCGCAGUGUGAGGACGAGACGGCGCAACUCAGACUGAUGAGGCAACCCUCCCCAAGUUCCCUUGGGAGCAGAUGAGGUGGCCUCACGUGGGCCUCCCUGUCUGGACCCCACCUGUGUGCCAAAGAGUAAAGACGGGCAGUCCAGACGUCAGCAGAGCAAGUGAUGAGGCCGAGGGAUGUCACGGGCAGCCACGCUGGACGGUGAGCGGCAGCCCCCAGAAUAGAGGCCAGCGGGGCCGGCCUCCCUGGUUCCAAACAAGCUUGUAUUAAUAUUCUCAGCCUCUUCUCAUUGCCCCUCUGUGGGCCUGGGGUGCACUACCCCACUGCUGUGUGGAAAAGGUUCAGAGCUCAAAGUCCACAGAGGAAGCCUUUCAUCAACAAGUAUUUUAUUUAUUGCAAAGCAGCUUUGUGCAAGCCAGUGCUAGUACAUGGUGCUCCACCGAGCUUUCCUGAGACCUCCCCUCACCUCCCUCCGUCUACACUGGGUCCUGUCCCAGAGUGUGCUCGGUGGACAGCAGCAGGAGAGAGAGGCACAGCAUGAGUCCAGAACUUACCACCAGGAUCUUGACCAUCCAUGUUCUAGCAGGUCACCCCUGCACCUGGCCCUUUGCCAGAUAGACACCUGGCUCACCAUGUCCUCUGGGGCAGCUGGCAACUGGCUAUUGCCAUGCAUGGCCCUCUUGAGUGCCACUCCUCUUAGAAGAACCCUCCAGAAGCAUACCAGAAGCCACCUCUGAGAAUGGCUUAUAUGGUAGCGAGCCAAAACAUGUAUGUCAGUUAGACAUCACCGUUAGAGAUGGCCUUUUCUCCAAAGCCACCAUUCUUAUUUCCAAAGCUCUCAGGAAGGAAGGAAGGCUCCAUGCGACCUCAGGGGCCAGUUUCAGCAUUUAAAAGGGUUCUGCUUGGAAAAUGGUUCUUGCUGCAAUUUAACCAAAUUCUGAAGGCACUACCUUCAGCUGAUCUCAUGAACAUCAGAUGCCAACCUGCGGAUUCUGGAAGAUCGGUUGCCCUCCCAAAGCUUUAUUCUAUUAUGAUAUUGCUAUUAAUAUAUUAUAAUUUUGCAAUUGG